AAAAUACAUCACAAAGAUAUUGUGCGAUACUUAGAGUUCUGGUAUCCGUGAAAAGUUUUGCAAAUACAGAUGCUAAUGAAGCAAAUGUUCCUGAUAAUAAGGAAUAUGGUAUAAAUGAUGAUUUUAUAGUCAUGUCAACGUUGACUCGGGUUGUGUUAGGUAAAGACAUACCGACUCUUUCUUUUAAUAUUGCUGAAAAAAUCGAUUCAUACGAGGGCGCGUCAAUAUGGUCUUUAUAUCAGGGAACAAAAAAG